AUGGACAUGCCCGUCACAAAGAUGUGGAAAAAAUAUGACAGAAAGGAGAUUCCCUCGAGAUUGUUAGUUCUGACUCUGGCACGCCCAGAAACUGGCAGAUGCCCAAUUUUUUGGCACCUACCUAUUGGGGUUGCAGGCAGCUUACAGAGGCCUACUCGAUUCCCAACUAGAGAGAACGCACGCUUCCCGGGAUCUCUGAACAGCUACACACUGAUCAAGGCUUUAUUGCAGAAAGUUGCAGGUGCAGGAGCUUUUACUGGAGCUGUCACAGGUGCAUUAGCAGGCCGAGCCUCUGACAGUGGCCUUAUUCGUGGAGCUGGAUUAGGAGCUGUGGCGGGUGCUGUUCUAUCUGUUGAGGUGUUGGAAGCAUCUCGUGCUUAUUGGUAUUCAGAGCGGUCCAGAUCCAGGAGCUCAUCAUCAAUGGCAGAUUUCAUUGAAGAGCUCCUUAAUGGAAGGUUUGUACAAGAACAGGUUGGCCCAGCAACACUAACUGCAUACCAUUGGCAGGUUAGAAUUGCAGGGUCGAGCCAUGAAGAGAUUUAUGACAUAUUUGGAGAAGAUGGAAUGCAAGGGUUAUCUGGGGAUUCCCUAGAGAAACUUCCUCGACAUCUAAUCACUGAAGAAAUUAAAAAGGAUGUUUGUGGGGAGAACAUUUGUUGCACUAUAUGUUUGCAGGACCUUCAACAAGGAGAAACUGCUAGGAGCCUGCCUUUAUGCCAUCAUACAUUUCACAUGUCCUGUGUAGAUAAAUGGCUUAUGAGGCAUGGAUCCUGCCCUGUCUGUAGGCAAGAUAUUUAGCGGUGUAACUGGUCGAAAGUACAUGCAUUGAUGUCCGUAAAACACUUUGUCAACUGCUUUUUUGUAUAUAUACAUAUAUGUUAUGUUUACACUCGAGAGUCUGUAGCCAUAGAAUAUAAGUUGAACAAAUCAACAUUCGAUAAAAAGCCCAUUCUUUCAUUAUGAGGGGGACUCACAUUUAGCGGAAGCAAAGCUGUAUUGCUAUUGAGGUUGUUAUGUGAGCUGGAGCAGGUACAAAAUUAUUUUUU